GUUGAAUGCAAGAGAACGUUCUUAGUUAGUGGUAGUUAUGGUAUGAAACAUGACAUAAGAAUGUGAUUAAUCACAGUGAAUCCCGACUUCCCUAUCUGAAAUAUUAAUAGUUUAUAUAAUAAAAGAUUGAUAUUUGGCAUUUGUGUAUCGAUACGAUAUUAGUACGCAAAAUAUUGCGAUACCAUACUGUAUCCAUUUCCCCCACCUACCUUUAAUGUGUAGUAAAUGUAACGUUUGGGCUUCACAUUACAAGCUGUCCACUGCUGUGCCAACAGGAGAGUUUUGUUUUAAAGCAGCUUCAGUGAAUGAAUCUAAUCGUCACUGAGAUGAGUGGAGCUUUAUUAGAGGUCCUAUUCCUCACCUAAUCUUGGUCUGCACGACAGAGCACGCACUUGUUUGGUGCUAUUUGGUCUGCGGACCAGUUUUAUUUAUCUUAGCCAUCAGUUGUAUCUGAUGUGAUAUACUUUAAGGCAGUGCGUCAAUACUAAUCAAUGACUGCAGUAAUCAGUGAAAUGUGCUGAGCACUGGACAUGCUGCCUGCUAUCUCUGUCUGUGUGUUGGCAGUAAUGAGUGUUUCCAUCUGUUGCAGUGACGAGUCAGAUGUGGUGGAGUCUCUAGAUGCCAUCUAUUCUACAGGGACCUUUGUCCAAAUUCAUGAGAUGCAGGACCUGGGAGACAAGCUGAGGAUGAUCGUCAUGGGACACCGCAGGAUCCGGAUAACAAAACAGCUGGAGAUGGAGCCUGAGGAGGCAGCGACGUCCCCUGUGUGGUCAGAGUCUGAGUCAGAGUCCCAACCUAAACCUCCAUUGAGACGCAAAGCCAAACGCAGCCGCAAGGACCAACCAGGUUCUCUGACGGAGCAAGCUGAGGACAAGGUCUGUAACAUGACCCUCACAUGCCACAUCUGUAGCCUUCUACACAUGCUGUCAGUAUGUGGCUCUCAAGCAGUACUCAGACAAACAUUCAAGCAGUUCAUGCGACCAGUCAACACUUUUGCCAUCUUUUGGACCGUUCAUCAAGUUUGAUGAACCGUGAGGCUGUGACUGUAUUUCUUCAGGGUUGGUAGUGAGUCAGCACACAUUGAUCUGGGCUUUAUGUAUAUUAAGUCAAUGAACAUUGGGCCACUAAGUGAAUGACCAAAUCAAAGGCAGAACUCAGGUUGGGAAUAAGAUAAAGUGGGCAACUGCCCUUGGCCUCUGAUCCCCAGUGGCCCACGUUCACCAGGUUCACUAAUGUCACCUGUGAACCUGGUCCCAGGUCCUGCAUUGCUUGCUGAUUUUGUGGCCCUGUCUUAUAGAAGGGCCCUAUGCUCACAUGGUGGAUAUUUCUAAAUAAAGUUGUGUGUAAUCAAACUAUCUCAAACUAAUAGACUCGCAGAAAACCUGGAGCCACUUUGAGUGUGUUUGAGGGUCUCAGAGUUGUGUCUCUGUCUGCACUGGGGUGGUCAGGUUGAGAGUCAGUACCUCAGAGUCUGAGGCCAUGGUUCUCUGCUGCACCCUCCAGACUGGAAGUGAGUCACUGCCCCAAGCAAGGGAGUUCAAGUAUCUUUGGGUCUUGUUCCCAAAAAGGGUCAAAUGUAGCGUGAGAUGGACAAGCAGAUCUGUGCGCCAUCAGCAGUGCUGCAGACGUUGUACCAGACCAUGAUGGUGGAGAGAGAGCUGAGCCUGAAGGUAAUGCUCUCUACUUACCUGUUUGCAUUCCAACCCUCUCCUCUGGUCAUGGGCUUUAGGUAGUGACCAGAAGAACGACAUUGCAGAAGCAAGCAGCCAAAAUGAGCUGUCUUCAUAGGGUGGCUGGGCUCAGAGCUCCUGAGGGAGCGAGGAGUAGAGCCGCUGCUCCUUUGCUGAGGUGGUCCAGGAAUCUAAUCCUGAUGCCUCCUGGACGCCUCCCUUCAGAGGUUUUCCGGGCACGUCCAACUGAGCGCUGUGUCGCUGUAUAUGAGGGAGAGGAGGAGGUCUAAUGCACACAAUGUUUCUGUAAGUUAUUAAUAAUAAUUCAAAUGCCAAAGUUCUGAAUGAAGCUUGGAACUAUUCGGUAGCCUACAUCUGCGGUUGUCUUCUGCUUGUUGUUUAGUGAUGAAGGUAGAAACAGAGAGAGGAUGCUGAAGAACCUCAGCAGAGACACCGGUACUAAGGUCCCAAACCACUGACCUCUAGUCGUCCAACCCAUCACACCUGCCUCCAAUAUAAACAUGAAAAAUACAAAUAUGAGACAACCAACAGGACAAAAGAAGAGCAAAACGGAUUCAUUGACAUUAUAAUUUACCUCAACCCAAUAAUGUGUUUUACUGAAUAGAGCAUGAACGCAUCAUAAUGCACCUCAAUGUCCUGUUGCAGAUUGGGCUUCUUUUAGUGAAGUUGGGCUGGUGGAUGAAAUGUGUGAGGAUUUUGUGAUGAACAUUUGACGGGUUUCUGAAAAUAUUGUGAAAACAAUAUUCCCAAACAAGCUCUCAAUGUAUGGUCAAGAACUUAUGUCCACUCACUCAUGUUAUUGACUUAUUUCAUUUGAGAGGUAUUGGAUGGACAUGAGUUGUAUUGAACGGUUAGGGAUAACAGAGGAUAUCCUUACUUGAGGUUAUCAUUCUUUACAUUGACGAGGGGAUUGUCUUGUUUUCUAACUCCACUCUCUGUGGGUUGUGAUAGCCUGUUCAUCUAAUAUUUUAUCUUUGUUAUUUGAUUGAAAAAUUAAGCUUUGUUUGCUCAUGAAGUGUUUUCUAAUGUGCCCCUAAUGGUGUUAAUGUUUUACAUGUUUGUUAUGAUGUGGGCUGGUUUUAUUGACUUGUGUAUGUUUUUAGUGACCGGGCAGCACUGCGUACAUUAGCUGUUAGCUCCGAUGCUGCCAGCGUUACUCGCUCUCCUGCUGAUUUCAACACAGAUUUGUUGUUCAUAAUGUAGCGUUAUCAGGGAUUGGUGAAGCAUUAUUGCCUAUCUCCCAUUCAAAUAUUUUUACUGGAUAUCGGCCGACAACGAUCGGCAGUGAAACU